GGAAAGCUGAGCCACGGUGUGGUCUUGCCGAUUUUCCUUAGCUGGACGUUUCGGGUCUCAGGAAAAAACACGUGGCGCUGGCAUGUUGACGAUUGACGCAAGACUCGUUGGAUUUGGGUCCCUUGAAUUCCGCUUUCGAUGGGCGGGCUCUGACCGCGAGGAGUCCUUGCUUCCAUCAGGGAUGCAGGGCAACUGGGUGAGGAUUCCUUCUUGCACCCAGGGUCCUUCUUGGAUUCCUCGAUUUAACUGCGCCCAGCGAUUGCCGGGGAGUGCGGCCAGGGUUGGGUCUUCGUUUUUCCUUUCCUUCCCGCUGUUUUUGUUUGGCAAUGUAUUGAUGCGCUCCUCUCCCCUCCUGUCGUCUCGGCUUUUUUGACCGCCUUUGCCUCGCAGCUGCGCGCCCCCGACUCCGCCUAAUUUUGCGUGCCGCUCGCCAUGGCUCGUGUUCAGCGGCGGCUGGCGCUGCUGGUGACAGGAGCCUUCCUGGCCGCGGCUUUGGACACUGAGUCCUUCGCCCUCUCCCGGCGCCUCGGCGCCGCCUCCGCCGCCGCGGCACUGCUGGCCCCAUCCGCAGCGCAAGCGCGGGAGGGGUUUACGGAGACGAGCUCCGGGCUGCAGUACAAGGUGAUCACGGAGGGCAGCGGACCUGUGCCCACCAAGGGCGUCCAGAUUGCGGCGGACUACACAGGCUGGCUGGAGGACUUCGAGAGCGAGAAGAAGUUCGACAGCUCCAGGGACCGGCGCCAGCCCUUGCAGUUCCCGGUCGGGGUGGGCAAGGUGAUCAAGGGAUGGGACGAGGCCCUGCUGGACAUGAAGGUCGGGGAGCGGCGCCAGAUCGUGGUGCCUCCCAGCUUGGGCUACGGCAGCCGGAGCAUCGGCCCCAUCCCCGCCGGCUCCACGCUCUACUUUGACGUGGAGCUGAAGUCUAUUGGCCGCUGAUGGGCUGAAUGCCCGGCGUCCGGCGUUCGGAACGAAAAUUUUCGGCCGAG